GAUACUGAUCCAGAUUAUGGCCUGGUUAGUCUCCACCAUGUUGGAAUCUUGUGUUAAAACUUGGAGAGGUCUCUCGACUUUUAUCAGAACAUUCUUGGUAUGUUAUGGUUUUUCCCCUUAGAGCUCCUUUUGUGCACAUCAUGUACUUUGUUAUUAACUUAGUUCAUGAAAAAAUGGAACCAUCCACAAUAGGUCUUGAAAUUAAUGAGGCUGGGCCAGAUGACAAACUCCCCUAUAGGGGGGCUUGGUUAUGGGUGGGUUCUGAGAUGAUUCACCUUAUGGAGCUUCCAAACCCCGACCCUCUAACCAGAAGACCGGAGCAUGGAGGCCGUGUUAGGCACACUUGUGUUGAGAUUCGGGAUGUGUCUAAGCUGAAAGCAAUCCUUGAUGAAGCUGGUAUUCCAUACACGCUUAGUAAGUCUGGGAGGCCAGCAAUCUUUUUUCGAGAUCCAGAUGAAAAUGCUCUGGAAUUUGCACAGUUCUGAUGGUUGACAUGUUGCAGCACCCGUAGUGUUACAUUGUGAUAUUGAUAAUGCCUUCAGGGGUUCCAUUAUGUUUAGGCAAUGAUAGAGAUUAUAGAAUUUGUACAGAUAAUUAAGCAUUUGAAUGACGACUAUAAUAUAGGCUAAUGAUGUACUCAGCUAUACUAGCGAGUAGAUAAUGUGCACCAAUGGGGGCUCAUAGACUUCCCAGACGGUCAGUUGAGAAUGAUGAUCGGAAUAUAGUGCAUACAUGGUAAAGUCACAA